CUCUAUAUUUUUAUUUUUUAAAGAUUUGAUGUAUCUUGUGCAAAACUCAUUUUUAAAACUACCAUUGGAAAACGUUGUAUCAUUGUAUAACAAUGCGAUCGUGCCCCGAAUGAUCAAAAGGAACCAGGCUUUAUCUAUUAGCAUUGCUGUUACAUUGUAUGCUAUAUAUUUUAUCCAUGAUAGAUUAUUUAAACCUCCCAAAAACCUUCGACAUAUCCCGUAUAUUGGUUACUUUAGUAUACUCAAAUCAUUGAUUACGAACGAGUCUCAUUGGGAUCGAGCCUACCGAGUCCACCUUCCGCUCAUUGAAAAGGGUACCAGCUUAUUUAUGGAAUUAGGGGCGACUGGAUGGGAGCUACAAGUAACAGAUUCAAAAGAAGCCAAACGUGUAUUAUUAAAGCACGACAUAUUUGUCAAGGCCAACUUUUUGGAAACUGAAGGGACUUUGCAAUAUAGGUUUUCGAGCGGACCAAAUAUUCUCAUGACAAAUGGCUCGCAUUGGAAAUCGCUUCGAAUGAUUGCCAACCCUGCCUUCCGUCGUUCUUUACCCGUAAAAAUGUUUGGUAAUUUAAUUCAGGAUAUGUUUGAUGUCAUGGAUCAAAUGGAGGAGACAGUUGACAUCACCGAUCUAUUGGAAAGAUGGACUUUAGACGUCAUUGGAAAAGCGGGCUUCGGCUUUGAUUUUGAUGCCAUUACAAAUCAUGACAAUGAGUGGGUGAAAAGAUACAAUGCUAUUCAAGAAGGAUUGCGUAAUGUUCUAUUUUUCAUGUACCCAAAACUUGAUAAUGAACUUAUCUGGAUGUUCCCUGAACGUCAGAAAGUUCAUAAAGAAUUAGAUGUACUUUUGGAUAUGAUGGACAAUGUCAUUCGUAACAAAAAGAAAUCAAAGAUGGAGAGUACAGAUGUCAUAAUAGAAGACAAUGAAAGAGACUUGUUAGAUGUUAUGAUGGAAGGUGGUGAAAAUGGGGAAGGUGUCAUGACUGAUGCCGAGUUAAAGAGUAAUUUGUGCUUGUUCUUUGCAGCCGGACACGAUACCACAGCAAAUGCAUUAGCAUAUGCAAUACAUUAUCUAGCCGAAAACCCUGAGGUGCAACAAAAGGCAAGGGAAGAAGUUAUCGCAAUUUUGGGCGACACUCCAGCCAAUGUGAUACCCACUGUUGAAGAUACCAAAAAAAUGACCUAUGUCAACAUGGUGAUCAAGGAAACAUUACGUAUCAAUGGACCCGCAGUCCGUGUUAUGACUCGCAUUGCAAACAAAGACACAGAGAUUGCAGGCACGUUUAUUCCCAAGGGAACUAAGCUGACUGUCAAUAUCUUUGAUAUCCAACAUAACGAAGCAUACUGGAAAAAUGCCAGCGUCUUUGACCCUGAGAGAUUUUCUGAAGAUGGGGGUAAGACUGGUGAGGGACCGGCUUGGCUCCCUUUUGGAAAUGGUACAAGAAAAUGUAUUGGCAUGAAUUUUAGUAUGUGCCAACAGCGUGUCAUGCUCUCUAUGUUGCUACGUAAAUAUACUUGGUCUACACCAGAGAGGUCUAUUCACAAAAACGGACUGAUUACUGGUGGUUACGGUGUAGUUGGGCCUGUUGAGUUGGAUAUGAAGUUCCAGAGAAGAUACUAAUGUUUACUUAUAUGUUUUAAUUUUACACACACACUUUUUAUGAUAAACUUUUUUUACACCGUUU